AUGGAAGCGGUGUCGGCAGUCACAUCUCACGCAAACGACGUGGAUUCGCUGCGAAGAGUCACCGAUGCCGGCGAGGCGGAGAAGAAGGAUGGAGAGGGCGAGGCGGCGUCGUCGAUCAGCAUAUCGUCGAGCGUCGAAACGAUGUCGACAAUGACGACGACGACGACUCAGGAGUCGAAGUCUAAGCGACGCAGGGGCAAGAAACACGCCGGAAGACUGGGAGAUAAGGACCUCGGGAAUCAGAAGCUCCUGUCGGAGUACCACGAGUACGAGGAGGAUGGCUCGAGGGACGGCCUCGGCGUGCCCGUCGAGAUGGAUUACUUCGGCCUCAAGCUCGACAAGCUUCGGGAGAUCAUCGAAUCGAGCAAAUCGAAAGCACAAACUAAGGACAAGAAGACAAAAAAGGAAAAGAAGGACAAGAAGUCGAAGAUGAAGGAAAAGGCAGCAGCGGAGACGAAAACGGAGAACGUAGGGGUGACCGAGCUGUUUGAGGAGAAAUCGAAGCUCGUGGAGGAGCUGCAGGCCGAGAUAGAGAACGAGACGAGCAACAUCGAGGCGAGAGCGAGGUUCGAGGGGGAACGGAUGCAGUUGAGGAGAGGCCAAUUGAAAAAAACCUCGAGUCACGUGGCCGCUCGGAGGGACGCUUUUACGGACUACGCGCUCGAGUGCUCGAAACAGGAGGAGUGGUCCUACUACAUGAGCUGCGACGGCUUGCCAGAUGCAUCGGUUCUCCCGGAAUUGAAUGCGUUUCUCUUCCUGUGGUCUCUCGACGACUCGGCAGCCAGCAUGGAAACCCUGCCAAGACAAUGCGAAAUUGUUACAUACCUGAUUAGGCGAAUGGACGACAUCAUAGCAUCUGCCAGGGAAACGGCGUCAAACUACCUGGAGAACUGUAAACAGAUACGGCAAAAGUUUCGAGACAAGUUGGCAAAGUGGAUCGACAUGGCGAGUUACUGUUUGCUCCGGGAAAUCGAGAGAAACACAGUAAGGAUUGAUUUGAGGAAUGCCAAGUACGUGCGGCAAUUAGCUCCGCUCGUCUGCUGCUUUUGGGCUCUGAUAAGGCUACCGAUCAGCAUGAAACAGAUCAGCGAAAAGGACAAAAAGGCCGUGGAAGUGUCAUUCGAGGAGGUCGAGUUGUCGGUGAAGAUGCCCAUCGACCUCGACUGCUACUGCACCGCCAUUCGUGUUCUCUGGCUCGGCUACGACUACUACUCCGACCUCACCGACUCAUUUGCCAUGCCCCAUCUUCCAGAGGAGCUUCGCCCGGAUACGGAUCUGCUGGAGUUUUGCCAGCGCGAGCUCAACACGGUGAACGGCAUCCAGGACGAGCAGCGCGACGAGAGGGAGCGACGGAGGGAAGAAAAGCGCGCCCAGAUCGAGCGGCUGUUGAAUCCAUCGGCUACUGCGACAAAAGCCGGUGCCGGUGGGAAGGCGAAGAAGGCCAAAAAGCCACAGACCAAGGACAAACAGGACGACCCGAAGGAGCACGGGAUCGAGGCCUUGCCCUACUUACCCUCACCCGAGGAGAUAGUCCUGCAGCGAGAAGAUGACAUCAGAAAGGAAACGAGGCGGUUGCUGUUCACGAGGUGCAAAAAGACGGAGAUAAAUCUGCGCAAGUACACGAUCCUCGGCGGACUCUACCAGAUCGAUCUGAUAGGCCAGCCACCCCAGCCGAAGGACAUGAGCCGCGACACCUUCCUCACGACUCUGCAGUUGCCAAAGGAGCUCGAGUUCGUAAAGUUCUGGAGGCCGUACAAGGCGCCGCCCCCAGCUCCAGAUGCCGAGCGCACCCCGGAAGUCAUCGAGGCGGAGAUUAAAGCGCUCGAGGCUGCGAUGGAGCUCCUCGUCCUCGUCACUCUCAAGCUGCCCAGCUCGGUGAUAUGGUUCGAGCCGCCGCUCGUCGCCCACUGGCUACCGGAGCAACGGCUCUGGUCGACCGAGGACGUCCACGACAUCAAGUACAACGAGGAGAAGCAGAUCAUCACGUUUCGCACGGGCAGGCUGGGCGUGCACGCCCUCGCGGGCUACCGAUUCGUCAACCUGCCCUUCCAGAGUUGGGAACUCAAGCCGGAGAAGGGCGGUACCGGCGUCCUCCUCGGUCUCACGGGCUCCAUCGUCCAGCUCGAGUUUCUCCUCAGGGAGGACUUGGCCAGCUUGCACUGGGUGGCUGGUGGGGCCUUGACUGCCCUGCGGGAGCUAAUGGGCCAGUUCAUGAGGCUCGACCUGCUCGUCAAGAAAAUGCGAGCAGCCGGCUGUGAUGUCUUUCCCGAGGCCGACGCCGCCAGUUACCUCAAGGGUAUAGCAUUGAAGCACUCGGUCACGUUGGGCCACCUGCAGACCUGCAUGGGACUGCUGGCCACGAGCUACGUCUUUUCGUGGUCCAGGUGGAACGCGACGCGAGGCCCCAGAGAAAUCGUCAUGCAGAUCAAGGAGGUGCACGGCUGCGUCGCCAAGGAGAGGAUAACGGCGAUAAUGCUGGUAACUCCGGCGUCUACGUCGAUUGUUAAUUGCUUCGAGGUCAGUCCGGAAUUCACGACCGAGCCGGCCAAUGCGAACGACAGGUUCUACGCCGACGUUUACCACUAUGCUCUUCACAAUGCCGGUGUGAAGAGUCGACUGACCAUGAAAAACACAUCUUUCAAGCUGUCCACGGUAGUGACGAGUCUCUUGGAAGCUACGAAUGUUAUAAACAUGUCCGUCUAGUGACACCGCGGUUGCUGGAAAAUAAAGCUCAAAACAUUCCUAAAGUGUGAUUAUUUUGUGAUCAAUAAAACAACUUUUUCUUUUUGUUAUAACUAUUGUAA